AUGAUAAUAUCAGUAGCACGAGCGAGAAAGUUUUCUGUUGCACUUCGACGUGCAUCUCAGGCUCGAUGUGCAAGCUCUGUGUCUACCGCAUUGCCGGAGGGUCUUCAUGAAAUAACAUGCGUCCCGCGCACACCGUCGUGGUCAUUGAAGGAGCUCCAUUCGGCAGGAGCUCAGUUCAACGCCGAGGAUGCUGUGCUGACAGAGGAAAAGCUUCGUGAGCUGGCAGACCUGUGUCAUCUGCACCUGGAUGACGAUCGCAUCCCGAAGUUGCUCAAGGGAGUGGAGUCUAUCAUUCAGUGCACUAAAACAGUUCAGGCCAUGACCAUCAACGAGAAAAUCGAAGACGUGUAUGCCAAGCAUGACUUUGGCAUUGACGCGGCACCUCUUAGAGACGACAUCGUCACAGAAGGUGAUUGUGCAGAAGAGCUUUUGGCAAAUGCGGCUGUCAAGUGUGGCUACUACUUCAAGGUUCCGAAGGUAUUGCAAGACUAA